GAGAUUUGACCAAGCAGAUCAUCGUACGAUAAAAAUAAAAUUCUGUCAAUUCUACAUACCCUUUUCGCUGUCACUUUGGCGUCCCUAUCUUCUGACAGUCUUCUUCGUUUAGGCAAAGGCCUAUAAUCGAAAACUGAGGGUAUGGCACCAUCUUUCAGCCUCUUCUUUUCCUUGGAUCCCAUCAACUUUGCUCGGAGGUCCUCCACAAAAUCGCUCUCCACGAAGUGCUCGCUGCACACCACAUUGCUCCUGUUAAACCUGUAUUCUUUUAUGAUUGACAACAACAUCAACCAAUCACAUGUUGAGGAAGCUGCAGACCACACCCACCAGUUGCCAUGGGUAACGACCUCCACUGCUUGAUUCCCAAGAAUGGGAUGGCCGGUGGGUUGGAGCCCAACUGCUUCAAGGUCCGCAAUGUGAAUGAGUCGGGUCACGUGGUCAAUAAGGGUUACCUAGAAGUGACACAGACUGAUCUCAUCCUUCAUGUCGUCAAUGCGGAUCCUGUUAAAUGGCCGCUGAGAUGUCUUCGUCGCUAUGGUCACGAUACCAACCUCUUCUCCUUUGAGAGUGGGCGGAGAUGCGCUACAGGACCAGGUAUCUAUGCCUUCAAGAGUAAACACGCUAUAGAGAUCUUCCGCUUAGUUCAGGAGAAUGCGCAGCAUACCGACGAGAACACUAGCUCAAACAACAACCCCAUCUCGAGGACAUCACGCCAACGGAGCCUCAGCACGGACACCGCCUUACCGCAGAGCCAAACCAUGAGUCGUGCAAGCUCCAACGCGUCAGGGGUGAACGGUGUAGCUCACGGUGUCUCCAACGGUGGUGUUUCACCUCAUCCCAGCGUUAGCUCGGACAUCUCGUAUGCUCCCCCGACCAGUCCUCGUUCCAUGUAUUGCAACGUUGAUAGUAAAAGUAGUUGUAGCCCGAGGAUUUCCCCUAUAUCUCCGACCAUGCAGUAUGUUAACACGCUACCUUUUGGUGAUAACUGCAUCCCAGAAUCUCCUCUUGAAGCGACCCAUGAGGACUCUCUUAUGGCUGAUGGUGGUCAGGGAGACACAAGUCAGGAUAGCUUUGGUGAUCCUGCCCUCAAUUAUGCAAGAUUGAAGCUACCAUCAGAUGAAGACCAAACCAAGGUGGAGAAGGACAAAGACAAGGUCAGAGGGGAGAAGGACGAUGACAAGGUCAAAGGAGAGGAGGGCAAAGACAAUGCCAAAGGGGAGAGGGAUGAUGACAAGGUCAAAGCAGAGAAGGACAUUGACAAGGUCAUGGGGGAGAAUGGUGAAGGCAGGGUACCACUGGUGGAUCUUGACUCCGAGGGACAGGAUGGAGGUGAAGGAGAGACAGAAGAACCAAAGAAAAAAGAGGAGGAGAAGAUGAAUGAAGGAGUGUGUGAAGGGAAGGAUAGUCAAGAAAGAACAUUGCUUGGAAUCCUUGAUGAUGAGGCUCAAAGUAAGGAUUGCUCACAAGAUGACUCUGAUGGUUUAACAAACCAUACGGAGGGCAACACCAAAGAUGAGUUGGACAAAGAACCUUCUACAUUCAAUGAUUUCAGAGAUGAUGAUGAUCCUUCCAAGAAGGAAGCAGUUGAUGAUGGAAAGAUUGAUGUUAGCCAUGUCAUGGGCAGCGAGGGGAAAGACAAUACCAGGUUGAAAGUCAAGAAAAAUGGAAAGCGAGAGGUCAGUGAAAUGGAAACUACGGCUUUGUUACAGGAUGUGGCAAAUGGCAACAUCCGUUUGAAAGAUCGCAGCAUGGAUGCAGAUUCCAAGUUAAACAUUCUUGUCAAUUAUGCAAAUCUAACAGAACAACAGCUUCAGGACGUUCUGCAGAAGCUGGAGAUGGGUCGCAACGAUAACAUAUCCCCCUGCACCGUAUGCUCCAAUUCAUCCAGUAACGCAAGCCAGCGCGUCUCGCCGCUUUCCUACUAUGCAAAUUUAGACACCGCCGGCGAGCUCCCACCCAACUGGCAACCAAAUUUUCAGUUCUACCCGGAGCUUCGUACCCCUCGCAGCACGUCCAGUAAAGGGAGCACAGGAUCGGAAUUCACAUUUGAGCUCAACAGAGGGAGCUGUUCACCCGUAGAUCAUAACUACGCCAAUUUGAACUCGUUACCGGAGGUGCAGCCGAUGCGUCAUAGUCUUUCAGGAAGCAGUAGCGGGCCUAACGGCCCCGGGGGCUGGAUGGAAUUGCAACCACCACCUAAAGGCAAAAUGAACUACAUCCAGUUAGACUUUGAUGAAAAUGAUCAACCCAUUGUCCACAAUUUAAAAACCUUUCACCGGUCUAUGAGCUCCAGCACCACGCCGCCCAAAACACCAGUAUCAACUCCCACAGAAAGCGCCAUACCGGGGACUAAGACAGAUAUCUAUGCCAGAAUAGAUAUAGAAAAGACUGUAGCGCUCGCAAAUUCUCACAGGCACGUGGAAGGAGACCUGGACAUUUCAACACGAAGGACACGACAUGACGUAUGGACCGACAACAAAACACGAUGAUUUCAUUUGGAAAUCAUCCUGCCUAAAUUUUCAAUCCAUUUUUUUAUUUCCUAGUCACAUAUGGCCAAGUGCCUCUAAAUAAAAUGGGAUUUUGAAAGAAUUUGGCUUUAUACAUUUUAUAUGGGAUUAGUAAUUGGAGCAAGUAUGGUAGAAUUCAACUCUUUAGAAAAUAUAGUGUUUUAAUAUGUCAUGAACAUGCACUGUCUUGUACAAAUCAUUAGAUCACCUUUAUCUUCAAUACUUCAUAGUUUGUAGCCAAGUAAAAUAUUGAAAGAAAAUUGGUACAUUUCCUCUUGGUCUACUAGCACUUGAUCUACUUUACAUUUAAUAUCAUAUUACAUGUUCUUAUCCUACAUGUAGUUCUUCUACAAUCAGUUUAAUUGUCUAUUAUUAACUAUUUGGUCUGAUCGAGAGCCGUUUAUCCCACUUUUAUCUACCUUGUCUAUUUCUCAGUAAGUCUAUGCCUAAUAUGUCUAAUGUUGCCUUGACUUAAUUAACACCAGAUAAAGUGGAAAUUAGAUCAACUUGGCAUGAGACCUAUUAUAUUUAGACCAAGUGAGUAUUUAGACUAAGUGAUGGUUGGACCACAUACUAAUUAGACCAAAUUUAUAGUAGACCAAGUCAGUUAGCCAUGGUGGAGUUGGACGAUCUGAGAAUUGAGACUAUAUGCUUGCAAGUGACUACAAAUCAGAAAAUUUGGUUUCUAAGUUUACAUCAAUCAUAAAAUUUACUGCUUGAUUUGUGACAGACCAGGGCCCCGUCUUACAAAGAAUUGCGAUUGAUCCAAUCAAUCGCAACUCUAUGGAAAUCCAUCAGUGCCAUAAUUUUUUCUUCAAGAAAUUUGCAAAAUGUCCAAUUUAAACAAAGGACACCACACUAAAUUGUCAAGAAAUUAAUGAAAGUAUGAAUGUACAUUCAUAUCUAGAAAAUCUUUUGAACAAACAUGCAUAUUGACUUUGCUGGCUUUCCAUAGUUGCGAUUGAUCGGAUCAAUCGCAACUCUUUUUAAGAUGGGCCCCUGAAAACACUAAGUCAAUCAAUGAUGAUUAAUUAUGAGCAGAAAGUGCAUUUCACAAUUAUAUAUCAGGUAUACUGUAUGUUCAAGUUUACAACUAUAGUAACUUUGACAUUAUGGAAUGAACAUGGUAUUAAAUAUGGCUCAGCAACUUAUCAAAUGAAAGGUUUUUAUAGAUGCUGCUUUUAAUGGCAUCAAAUAAUAAUACAUAUCUUAUUGUUCGAAAUAGAAAUCAGAAAUAGAAGUCCUCAGAAAGUUCAUUUUGUCCAAUUGAUAAUGGGCUCGGCAGCCACUGAGAAGUGGCAGAUCAACAUUGCUCCAUCCCUUCAACUUUUACAGCAGUUGCUACUCUUUCUAAAAAAUGGGUCACUGAUAUUUUGAAUGUAUAAAUCCUAAAUUCAAUGCGUUUAUAUUCAAUUUAAUUCCAUUCAAAUAAACAUUUAUUUUUUUCCAUUUCAUUACAUUUUUCGUAAACAUGAAUUCAUACAUAAAUAAAUUUGUUAUGAAAAAUAUAAAUACGUACAUGUUGGGUUUAAAGAAGAAGGCGUAUACCCUAAAAGCUGAGGCUUGUGACGGGAUACGCCUAUAGACAAAAAUACAAUACAAUACAAUAAAAGAAAAGAAGAGGAUCUGGGCUAAAUUGAUGAUACGAAGGCAUGUUCUGGCAGUUGUUACAUUCAUACAAAUGACAAGAAAAAAUGAAAAAACAAAACAAAACAACCUUAAGAAUUCUCAUUUGGGAAAUCAUGAUUUUUGUUUCUUUUGUGAUAGAACAUUAUUGAAUAUUAUGAAACUUCAAUCACUUUAAGUACAAUUAAUAUCUGCAUUCCAAAGAUAUCUUAACCAUGGUUUUGUUUGUAAAUCACCUUUAAUAUCUUAUCGGUAAAUAUUAGUGAAACUGCUUUGUCAAUAAAGUAAAGUUGUUCUUAUUGUUUUUACCUCUAAUGAAAUGUGGUCACUCGUUCGGGUUAUUGCCAUAAAAGGUUAUUUUUCACUAUGUCAGUCUGUUGAAAUGAUUUGAAAGAUUUCAUCACAGAACUACAAAAUAACUUUGAACUUGGAAUAGGCCAAUUUUUGUUUGAAUUUUCAUCAUUUAAAAAACUUUAUUCAUUCAUGCAUUAUAUGUGACCAACACAUAUGACAUGGCCCUUUGAUUAAACCUGAAAUUACUGAAGGGAGAAAAGUGGCUGAAAUACAUAUGCAAUAAAUUUUGACAAUUGUGAUUCUAUAUCUCAAGCAACAUUUCCAGGGUUCUAUAUCUGACCUCACAAAGGUGAUUAAACUGUGUUUUCAAGUCAAUAGGCUUUUAACAGGUUAUGAUGAACCAAACAUUCUUCAGAAUGAAAGCCCAUACUUACAUGUACCAUUGUAACAGUCCAAUAGCUGUGCUCAACCAGUCAAAAGAAUUGACAACUUGUCACACAACAAAUAUGUAUGAAUUGCCUCACAUUAUAUUUACAUGAAGCUCAGAUACAGUUAUCUCAACACAUGUACCACUGUUGUAUAGAUAUAAACUCAUCUCCAGUGAUAUGUUGUCAUAUGUGCACUUGUUUAACCUGGCAGCUGUUUCAUAUACAUAUAGCUGUACGUGAGUUACAAGUGACUUUGUGAACGACUAGUGACCUUUUUGUGUGGUAAAUUAUGAGCAACAAAUUUUCAUUGGUAUUGAUUAAACUUGUAAGAAAGGAUUACCAGUGGUUCAUAAAGUCGCUCGUAAAUUACAAACAGCUUUAUGAAACGCCCAUCUGGAAAUGUUCCCUUUAAUUUUUAUUUUGAUCAUUUGAGUAUGUGGGCUUUCCUCAAAAUUGGUCCGUGAGAAUCUAGGAUUUUUUUUCUAAGAGUUGGAUACCCCACUUUAACACAUUUUUAAUUUUUUCUUAUUAAGUAGUCCCGUAAAAAAACCCAUAACAUUUGAAAAAAUAAAUUAUGCUUUCUGUCCAAGAAAUUGCUGGUGCAAAUGUUAUAGUCUAUAUUUUGAAAGUGGUUGUGUUUAGUUUUACAGCAUUUAUUUGAAUGCAUACAUGUACAAUAAUCAACUAUAGUACCAAAUCAUGUCUUUGUCCAUUUCUUCUUUGUUUGAUGUAAAACGACACUCUCAAGAAAUCAACUUUCUUUUAAUAUACGAGCAAGAAUGUUCUAGUUUCUAAAAAUCUGGUAUUUACAAGUGUGUGUAUAAUGUCUCAUUUUUGUAUCACAUAUUGUUGUAUAAUAUGUAAGUUGGGUUUUAGUGGUAUUUGUAAACACUUCUUAAAUGGCUGGCUCCAUGAAAAAAAAAUUAUGUCUAUUUACUUAUAGAGUGAUUAUGUGAUACCUCAUUUUUAUGUGACUGUUGACUCAUUUUAUGUAAAUGUAUUUUUCAAGGCAGCACUCUGUACAGAUGGUGCAUAUUUAUUAAUUACCAUACCUUUCAAAUGUUCACCUGUCAUGAUAAUGUUGAAAGAAUUUUUUUUUCUUGAUCAGGGGAGAUUUUCAUAGAAAACUUAUGGGGGUGUUUCUCAAGAAUCUUCCAUGCAAUUGCAAGGCAAUUUUUAAUCCCAAAAUCAAACAUAAAUUUUGCAAUUAAUGGGGAAGUUCACCCUGAAGAAAAGUUUGUUGUACAAACAGCAUAAAAAAUAAUAUGAAAUAUUGGUAAAGGUUUGACGAAAAUUAAUUGAAGAUUAAGGAAGUUAUUAGAAUUUUAAUGUUUGGAUUUGUGACGUCAUAAACGAGCAGCUGCCCCAUAUGUAUAUGUAAUAUAAAAUGCAUAAAUUUUAGAUUUUUAAAUGGUUCAUGAUGACCUAUUUUUGUUUUCUAUUUUUAGGAACGGAUGGGAAAUGAUUUGUCUAUUGAUAAACUGAAAGUACAAUAAAAACCAUAUUCAAUUUUCUCAGAAAAUGACAUUCCAGUGAUUUUUUUUUACCAUACGAUAUGUAGGAAAGCUGCUCGCAUUUGACAUCACGAUUAAAAUAAUUAAAAUUCUAAUAAUUUUUUUUACUCUUUGAUGGAUUUUCCCAAACCUUCUGCAAUAAUUUUAAAUAUUUUUUUCUGCUAUUUUUAUAAUAAACUUUUUAUCAGGGUGAACUUUCUCUUUAAUUACAGAUGUUAACUUGAUUGCUGGUCUGCUUCCGGUAUUACAGAAGCACCUGAAAGUUAUUUCCUUCUUGUUACAACUUAUUGAUCAAUUGUAAAUGUGCAUAAGAAUUUUGCAAUUGAUUGCAGUUAUUUUCUUGCAACGCCUCUAUAGUCGGUGGUUAUUUUAUUUGACAACUGUUAAAGGCUACUGAAAUCUGUGUAUCUGAUUGGAUCAGAACAAGUAAAAAUCAUUGACGAGAUGCUUCGCGAAACACUGCCCGGAAGCUGAACAUUUGGUCAGAAGACUUGAACCCCCCCUUUCAAAUAGAUCUAAAUGAAACAAUAUUUGUGACUGAAAUUGUAAUAGCACAAAAUGACAAUCUUGUUUUAUACAGAUAACUCUACCUAGGUUGACCUUCCUUAAGUCAUAUAGUGGGCUAAGUCGAAGCAAUUUUUUAGACCAGAGUAUUCAAAACGUGUUGUAUACCUCUUCUACGUCAAAUUUUUAUCUUAAGUUGAACAGAAUUCUAUGGUCCCAAAAGAUUCUUUAUAGUCUACCUGUAUCUUAUACUGCCCUCAAGUUAUAAUAAUAUGGUAUAAUUAUGAUGAUGAUAAUCACUGCAUUGAUAUAGCACUUUGAUAAUACUUUGCAUAUCUAAGCACUUUACUUAUUUAAACUAAGGCCCUGUUACACAAAGCUUAGCAAUGAUCAUAUAACAUUUUUCUACAAUUGAUUCCAUUGACUACAAUGUACAAUCAAUCAUGAAAAUCAAGUGUACGAUUAAUCGCUAACUUUGUGUUACGGGACCCUGGUCAUCAUAUCCUGGCAUGCCUGUACACAAUGUAUGCAUUUUCUCAUCUCCCGUGGGAGCAUUACAAUAUGAGUUUGAAGGCUCGAUUGCUAGGCAUACUACAUAGGCUUUUGCAUCCUACCGGGUACCCAUUUAACACCUAGGGGGCUGUUUCAUUAAGCUGUUCCUAAGUUAAGAGCUACUUUAAGAAUGACUGGUGAUCCUUUCUUUAAUGGUAAAAUGAUAUAUUACCAUUAAAUGGUCAUUGGUGAUUAUUUAGCACGUAAGAAAGGAUCACCAAUCGUUCUUAACUUUACGAACAGCUUUAUGAAACACCCACCUGGGUGGAGAGUGGGGAAGUGUGGAUUGACACAUUGUCAAAGGACACUAGGCCAUGGUGGGAUUUGAACCCCUGACCCUCUGAUUACAAGGCGACAGUAAGAUUCGCUACACCUCAGCACUUCAUCGAUGUUGGGUAUAUUUUUAUCUCAUAAGGAGGCUAUGUAGACUUGAGUGAAUAUAUUCAACAUUAUCUAAAUUCAAUUUUAAACUGCCAAUUACUUUAUUUAACUGCCAAAUAAAUUCAUGAGGCAUGAAGCAAAUUUACUUGUAUUCUGUUGCAAUUCAAAAUUAAUUGUAAUAUUAUUGAAGACUUAUAGAAGAUCAUAUUAUAAAUAAUAAUGAAAAAAUAAAGUGGAGUGUAUAUUAAAUUAUGUUAUCAUCAGCAGUUUAACAAGAGUGAAUUGAACCUUCACAAUUAAUUCUUUUCAAUUAUCCCUUCAUUCUUUGCAAGUAUUGAAAAAGGAAAUAUUUAUAUUUUUUAUUCGAGUGCAACUCAAUCAUGAAAAUAGCAAUUAUAUAGAAAUCUUUGUUUUGUGUGUUUCUGAAGUACUUAAGAAUAGUCUAUAAAGGUUAUUGAACUAGCUUAUAUGAAAUCAUUUCAUUUGUUGUUUGAUUUGAAUGCAUAAGGUUUAUAUAUUUGUCAAUGUAUGAAUUGGAACAAAAAACAGAUGUGUGUGGCUAUUAUGAUAUUGUUAAGAUUUUUUGGUGAUAAAUGUUGAAUUAUACGGGGUAAUAAAUUGUGAAAUUUGUACCUAAGCGAA